AAACUCUGUCGUGCCUGUUUGUUCAUCGAGGUUGACUUUUCCCGUGCAUGGACUUUUCCCGGAACGGGCGGGGUGCUAUAAAAGCGGCCGUACCAGCGCAGCCUCUCCUCGCCUCCAAUCAAAUCCUUCCUCCCCCUCAAAACAAAAAAAAUAAAAAAAAUCAAAUCCUUCCUUGGAGCUCGCUCGACGUACAGCCCGAAGGUUCCUCUCCUCCGUUGUUCUCUCUUCUUCUUCCUCCUGCAAUUCUCCCUCUCUCUCUGAGGCCUCGAUCGUCGAUCGGCGUCGGCAGCGCCGGCCGGGCGCCAUGGGUUGCGGUGGCUCCAAAGAGGACGUGGCCACCGGCAACAACAACAACGGCGCCGGCCGCGGCAACAAGCUCUUCAGGAGGAAGUCCACCAUGGCUGCCGCCAGCCACCGCUCCUCCCAGGCGUCAUCCCCGUAUCCGUCCGACGACACCUCCGUCACCGUCAAGGACGUUGUCAAGGACCCGGCGGCCGGCGAGGCCAAGGCCCCUGAGGCCAAGGCGGAUCAGUCAUCGGCGCGCGAGAAGACACCCGUUGGUGCCGUCGUCGAGGAGAAGAAAGAGGGCGUGGUGGCCGCCGCUGCUUCCACGGUGGCCGAGGCGGCACCGGCCGCGGAGAAACCACUUGUGAAGGGGGAAGACGAGCUGCCCAAAUCCACCAUGGCUGAUGAGCAGGCGGCGGCUAAGAUUGAAGAAGCAGAGGAAGAGACGCCUCCUGCUUCCAGAAAUCAGGAUGGAAGCAAGUAAGGCAACAUUCAAGUCUCUUAAGUUUGGAAUGUCCAAAGCUCCAUAUUCUUUUUUCAUGGAAACAAGUUCCCAAUUGGACAAGUGGUAUUUCCUGUGCCCCUCAUAGUUAUCCCAAAGACAAUGAGCCAUUUGGGAUUUAAUGGCAUGAAGUGCCCAGGCAGGGAAUUUAAUAUCAGAAAGUACAUAGAUAUGUAUACUAGGUAAGCACGCUCUAACGAGGAUUAGUCUGCCACCAUAGGAAAGAAGUUUUCCCCUCCACCCAACAACUCUUUUAAUAACCUUGUCAACCACUGGUUGUAAGUCAUCUUUGGUUAAUUUACUGUGGUGUAGAGGCACCCCCAGGUACUUAAUAGGAAGUUCACUUAGUUUACACCCAAAAACAUGGGCAAGAGUACUGGAAUCAGUCUCAGAAAUGUUUAUGGGAACAAGGUCACUUUUACCCAAGUUGAUUCUCAUCCCUGAAAGCUGCUCCUGUUUGGAUCCGGAGAGACCUUUUUGAAUCCAGAAAAUUCUCCGUUCGCGAUUGUCAUCGCUUCCGCCUCUCGGAUCGAUUUCCACCAACACCGAAGCAUUUCAGCUUCUCGAGUGAUUUCUGGAGUCAGGAACAAGGCAGAGCGACUUUCGUCGCGGUUGCUCGUCUGCAAAAGAUGGAGGCGCGUGCAAUUGGAGGCCCCCCGGAAUCCAUACAUGUACAAUCGUCCUCGUCAGGCACCGGCCGCAGGAGGGACCGCCCCUACGGCGGCGGCGGGCGGGGCUGCGCCUGCUGGGGCGGCGGGGGGAGUUCCAGUGGUGGCCGUGGUUCCGCUGGAGGUCACUGGGGGUGGUGCUCCUGCCGCCCCCACGGUCCCGGGCGCUCAAGCCCCGCGCCCGCAGGCUCCCCCUCCCCCUCCUCGGGUGCGUCCUCAGGCGGCUGCUGAUCUGAUCCAGCCCAUGGAUCCUCGGUACGGGGUGAUGUAAACAUGUGCAGGGAAAUCGGUUGAGCCCAGCACCAUCGAACCUAUGGAGGCCAACCUCGUGGACUAGCAAAAACCAAAGGAGGCGGACGCCGUGUCAGAGCCAUCGCCGCCGCAGGAGAAAGAGAAACCCAGCGAAUCGACGUCGAACUAACCAAAGCCAAUUAAGGCGAAGAGAUGUGAGCGAUGCAUGGACGGACCCCCAGUGUACUCCAUUAUUUAUUCUGAUGCACGUACGCGUGUGUAUGAGUAUGGUGUACGUACGUGCCCUUCUUAUCUGAGACACUC